AUGCACGCAAAAGCGCAUUAUCACGUGAAGCAGUUCGAAUGUAAUAGAUGUGGAUUUGGCAGCAAUACCCGGUCUCUGGUCAGAAGACACAUCUACUCUCAACAUCGCCGUGGAUGUACCGUGGUUCUUAGAACAUAA